GACAUCAACAUUGACAACGGGCUCGCGCCUCGAAGAGAAUGACGGGCGCCUAAAAGAUUCUUCUGGAAUACAGGAGGGGCCAGAUUCGGGAGGCCCCCGCCCUAAAUUACGUCAGACCACCCAAAAAUUCGUCACACGCAACGUGGUGAGUAAGUGCGACGCGCGACGUCCAGGCAGAGUGUCGGAACCUUCCGAUAGCUGUCGAACCAGCCAAGCGAAGCCAUGGCGUUCAGUCCGACGCGACGCGAAGAGAUCUGCCGCCUGGCGCGCCAGAUCAGCUGCCAGUCUCUUCAGCUCAAGGACAUAGUCGACAACAUCUACCAGCGCAACCAGAGUCCCGCGAGGCCCUCUUCGGCGGCCGCGGCAUUCCCGAGCAAUCCUCCGGAUUUUACGGUACAACAGUCCGUGACGGGAGGCAGUAAGGGUGGCGGCCGCAGGUCCUCGGCCAUGCCUCAGACCGGCAAAGACUUCUCCGUGAACAGCAAGGUCACGACCGGCGCUCCGGGACGCAAGGGUUCGACGACGCAGUUCCUGACGGUCCAGGUGCCCGUCUCGAUGGCGUCGCAGUUCAUGGCCACGCAGAAGUUCGACGACGGCGAGAUCAGCGCUCGGCAGUCCGUGUCCGGAUCGCUUGGCUCGGACGAAGGCCCCAAGAUUCCCACGACGAGUCACAUAUCUCGGAGGCCCAAGCCUCCGCCGCCUCCCAAGCCCAAGGCGGAGGAACCGGAGCCCGAGCAUCCGCGGCCCUACGAGGACGACCCGAUCUGGGAGGUGUGGGAAGGCAACAUGCUACGCUUGAUCCAGCUGCUGAAGAUGCUGCUGCAGGAGCUGCGCACCGUGUCCGAUUACACCAAGAUCGACGAACCUACGCUGAUGUCGGCCGCUGGCGUGGUCGGGAGCGGCGUGCCCUUGGCCGAGGCGAUGGCCUCGGACGCGUUCGCCACCAAGGUCGCCGCCAGCAGUAUCAUCGGCGGCAUGCACAACCGAGAGAACGUGAGCAACGCGCUGAGCAACCCGGCGCCGUUCCCGCAGCUCUACGCGCCGCCGCCUAAGGUGGUGAUGUCGUCCGAGCAGCUGUCUGCGGAACCGGCCCGCGAACGCAUUGACCUGAGCGUCUACUUCCGCAAGCUGGCAUCGCAGAUGGACGCGCUCACGCAGUCGCUUAAGCCUAACCCUUUCCCGCCGCACGCCGGAGCUCCCAUGGCGAAUAGGCUGAUCCCUCUCGAGGAAAAUGUCGGCCGGCUCGCGCACAAUCUCGCGGGUGUCUCGAGGGCCAUCGCGAGACCCGUUGACCCACUCGAUGCCCUGAUGUCCUCCAGGGCGGCGGAGGCCAGGACCGGAGGCCCAGCCGGACAGCAGAUGCAAGUCCGUGCCGAGGCGACGAUGGACAACAAUGGCGAGGGCCUCGUGUCCAUGGCCAACCGGGCGAACGUGAGCUUCCAGCUCGACAAGUCGUCCACCUCUACGCAGCCGUCUACUUCGGCUGCCAGCGGCAAGGGCAGAGGAGGCGUACAGUGCGACAGCAUGGCGCCGCUCGUGGCGAGCGUCAACCAGCUGUCGACUCACAUGAACGAGGUGCAGGACUUGUUCCGGCGCGCCAUGGGUGCCAGGCCGCUGCCCAAGAGGAAAGAAGGCCUCAGCAUCUCCGAGGAAGAGGACCUGCGCUACUGCAUCACCAAGCUCACGGACAACAUGGCCAAGAUGUCGCGCGAUCUGAAGAAGGCUCUAGAUGAGCACACUGUAGUGCCCGUAAGCCGUCUCAUCGACGAACUGGACGACGAAGAAGAGGAUUGCUAGGACCUGCCCGGUCCAGGCUUUUUAUUGGUUUUAGUAGGCACGGAGCAGUGCCAGAACUGAUUUGCCCAUGGGCUUCUGGGCUGUCAGCGUUGCACGGACUGAGCCGACGUAAACGAUUACGCUUCCUUUGCUGAACUGCAUUUCGUGCCCUCGCUGCCCUAAUUGUUGCAACUGAAGCCUCGAAAUCGACAAGAUGUGCUGCGAGGCCUGACGCUUUGUGAUCGACCGCUUCCUGUACGGACAUUCAGAGAGUGACUAUUCUCCAGCAGCGAAUGGUCAGCAGCGCGAUUAUGUUGAUUAAAAUAUUUCAGCGAGUCUGCGUGGUGCG